ACGAAAAAGAAAAAGACGAAGAAGAAGAUGAUGGCGAUGGCGAUGACGAUGAUGGAGAAGAUACUGUUGACGGGCCGGGCCGCCACAGGGAGGAGUUUAAGUCAUUCAAGCAUUUUGUUCAAGAGCUUGAAGAUGAUGUAUUGCCAAAUGAAGCAAUAAGGAGGUAUUCGCUGUACAUUGAAUCUCAGAAAAAGACUUACUUUGAGGCCCACAAGACAGAGGAGUGGCUGAGAAACAAGUAUCAUCCUUCUAAUCUGAUGGCCAUCGUAGAAAGGAAGAAGCAGCGUGCAAGGGCUUCAGCAACACAAUUUUUUCGCAAAUUGGAGAACCUACCUCUAGCAAUUGGAAGCACCUUAGAGCUUAUGAGUUCAUUGUUAGUAACAUGUGAGGAUGAAUCCAGUGCUGAAUCAUCGUUGGAAACUCGACGACUCAUAUUAGACAUAGCACAAACUCAGGCACUUGCUCUCAAGCUUGACACUGAAAAGGGCAUCGAUAACAACAUUCUGUGGCCAAAGAACAGUGAUAUUCACCCAGUUGUUAAACGACUAAAUCGACAUGAGCUCCUUCGUAAUCUGCUAGAGUACCUGUGGUCUGUACAUGGUGUGUCUUACUAUGGCAUUCAGGAGUCAGAGGAAGAUGUUGGCUUUACCGGUGUGCCAGAAGAUGUUCCCCACUAUGAGGAGGACGGCUGGGAAGAGAAGCUCCGCCUGUUUUGGCAGUUAAGGUUGAAGGGUGAAGAUCCUUUGGAACGUAGGGCUGCAACUAAAGAUAUUGAGGCGGCCGUUGACAAGGCCAUCAAUAGUAGUGUUGUGAAAGUGGAGGACGAGAGCAUGGAUUUAAUAUAUGGUUGCGGAGUUACUGCUUGCUCGAGACCUUUCUACAGUGUUGAAUCUGCCUGUGAGCAUCUUAGGGCUAGCCACCCUCUAACCGUCGCAUCGCUGGAAACACAAGUGCAAGGUCAAUUUUACUAUGAAAAUUAUAUGAGCAAUGCAGUCGCGCCCGCUGAGGAUGACUCCCCAAACCAUUCCGCGAGUUGACCGCGUGCUACCUUACCUUCAUAUGCGUAUCUGGCCACUGAUUUCAAUUUCAUGGAGCGAUAGGGAGGUAACGAAGUCUCCAUUUGCAGUAUCUGGGCAGUAAUGGCCACUUGUGCCUGAUGAGCAACUCCCAUUUUGCUUUCUAGGCUCGUCAGCAACUCGACGCAGUGAAUUCUCUCCUGCAGUGCAUUCUCUCCUGCUCGUAUACAAUCGAGUUAAAUGAAGAGCAAAAUAUUGCCGCUUCUCGACAUCUGUUCGUACAUCCUCGUGAAGUACUGUACAGAUUUUUAACAUCUUCAUUUGUUCCCCUUUAUGUCUGUACAUAAGAAACGUCUUUGCGCCGGUGAUAUCUCUACUAACUGUAUACCGGUAUAGCGUAUAAAUAAUACAAACUAACCUGUACAGUUCCAAGUGGAGGAUGUGAGAACUGGAUAAGAAAGUGUUAGUAAACUGGGACUUCGUGAUCUAAACUUCUGUUUGUCAUGAUUUUCUCUUCCUUGUAAAAAAUGUAU